GUCGCUGCGCUAGUCAUGGCGAUCUUCGACGUGUUUCAGCGCGCUAUGGAUGCAGGCGAUAAUGCAGGCGGCGAUGAUGCGGACGCUAGUGUUGCCAGCGAAUCGCAGCAUACAAUACAGGGACCGUCGGCUGUUGAAACUCUCCUGGGGCAGACUCUGGCCAAAUCGAAUACAACCUUGGAUUCAACCCAUUCGACCACACGGCCUAGAGCAAAGGCCCCCGCAUCUAUUCUGGGGGCGGUAGACUGCAAGAACCAGGAGAUCGUGCGACUCCAACACUCCCUCACUGAACUGAAAACCGCCCACCAAGCUAGGGAACUUCAGCUACGCGCGACAAAGGGUGAACUUGAUAAUGCACGACACGCGCUCAGCGAGAAAUUUGUAGAAUACUCCAGGUUACGCGAUGAGAUAAAAUCCGUCAGGAAAACGAUGGCAAGGGAACAUCAAUCUAUCAUCUACCGAAAAGACAUCGAAUUAUUUGCCCUACGCAAAGGGAACGAACAGAAAGAAAGGAACAUUGCGGAGCGCGAUACGAGACUCGAAAUCGUAGCACGUGAACAAAGGGCCACGCUGCAGGCAAAGGACACGCAACUCAGGAUGCUAUACGAAAGACUUGCAAUUAUGGAACGCCAAGCAGAUCCAAAGUUCGGCAACGACAUGAAAUUCGAAGACAGCUCCUCCGAUGGCGACCAUGCGCUCGAGGUUCGACUCUUACGUGUGAGGAAGGGCAGGAAGUCUCCAACCGCAGAAGACGAGAAGGAUAUGAUCAUCGCGAAACUACAAGAAGAUCUUGCUGCUGCUAGCAAGACCGCCGAGAAAAUCGUCGACCAGCAGGCUGAGCUGCAACGAGCGUGGGAUAUGGCCAAAAAGAUUCAGGCUGCCCUCAACGAGGAACGAGGAAACCAUGCGCAGACCAAGACCCAACUGCAGACAGCAGCAACAGAGACAGAAGACGAUGCACAUGCAAGUGCUCAAGCCGAUUCUUCGGGCCGAUUACCAACAAUCGAGGAGCACGAUCAGAACGAACUGGAGUCCAUGUUCGACACCGCGCAGCAAGACAAUCUUCGACUUUACACAGAAGUAGAGUCGCUUGACAAGAGGCUUCGCGAUGCCAACGCGAGGAUGUUUGCGGCUGAGAAAGACGCCGAAACCUUGAAAGAGCAAGUCCGACUCGAGCAAGCGAUCAACCAAGAUAUGGAGGCAGCCCGACCGAGCAUGGUGCACCGCGUGCACUUUCAGCGCAUGGAGGGCCAACUCAAGGAUUGCCAGAGCGCACUCGCGGCAAAGGAAAAAGAGAUUGGAGCAUUGAAAUUCACAGCCGCUGAAAAGGACCAGGAACUCAAGGACCAACAAAUCGAACUCGAUGCAGCAGCCAAGUUUCAUACCCAGGAUCAAGACGAAAUAGAGCAGCUCAAACUUUCCCUUUCCGAGAUACGUAUUGCGAACGAGAAGCUUAUGCGUGACCAUGAAAGAUUGGCUUCGCAUCGGGCCCGCCAUCGGGUCAUAUCUGCCGAACACAUAUCUGCGCGAUCUAGCGGUGCGACGCUCAUUCCCUUCGAUUCGACUUCGCCAACUAAUUCAUCAGAUUCUGCCCCUGUUGAAGCGCAUCAGGAGCCGGUGCCAGUGAUUCCAGCUUUCGUCGAGAAAGAGCGACAGAACAGCAUUCAACAAACUCCAGAGCAAUGUCUCCGGAAGCAGACCCCUACACCUCGAGAGCAGCCAAGUAUGAUAUCAAAUGAUACUCCUCCAGCAGAGCUGAGAGCACCUUCUGCAUUGAAGGUCUCUAAGCGAAAAAGUAUGGGCCUUAUGGACCUGAUGAAGCGAAUGGUGAAGAAGGAGAAAGACACCGACGUGCAAGAGCAACCCAACAAGCUCGUAAGCGAAGAGAAAGAGCGAGAACGACAGAGGCACGUAACCGCGGACAAGAAUAGGAACGCUAUGUUACGACCAAAAACUGCAGCCUCCGAACUUGCCUCCACAACACCCCUCCUAUCUAAUAAGCAGCCUGACGUUGAGAUGCGGAGGCCAACAACAUCUGCGCUGCCGAAGAACGUGAAGCCGGAUAUGACGAGGAGGAUUACGUCACGGUACUAUGCGACGCAAUCCACAGACAAUAUUUUGGCAGACAACAUUUUGAGGCCGCAAACUCCGGCUGGGGAUUUGAAGGCAGUGGUCAAAGAUGAGUCAGAGAGGCCGUCGAGUCGGGCUGGUCGGGGUACUUCAACCAAACUGAAGCGCAGAUCGCUCUUUUAAACAGAAAAUACUGGUUUGGUUGGGCGCAAGGCGUAUCGGAGUGUUAAGUUUCGCAUUUGAAAAUCAGCGUAUGUUUCUGACGCGUAUAUUUGGUGUCGUGACGAUCUUGCAGUAUGUAACGAAAGACAUGCAUAUUUAUGUAGUCACGAAGUAUUCUUUCCUAGACUAUCUCUCUACAAGAAUCAUAACACUGAGGCUCC